GCUGUUUUCAUACUUUAGUACUGAUAUGUGUUUUUUCUUGUGAUGAUCAAAUAACUCGACUUGGCAAUACCUCUGGUUUAAAACUAAAAUAGUAUGAAUUGCGCUUGAAGCAAGAUGAGUGGCAGUCUGCUUGACUGUGGAGUCUUUCAGGUGUAUAAAGCCUCCCGACAGGAUCUGAGAGUAGCAAAAUCUUGUCUGAUCGUACUAUUUCCAAACCGCGAGGCCUAUGGAGAGAGCCAAAACACAUGCGUUCCCCUUCCAUGGCGGUGUCAGGUCAAAUCAGCUGUUCCUGCCGCAGGACCCAGCUGUGAACGUGGCAACGUGCGUUCGGCCUCAUGCCAUCCGCCAAUCGCGUGCUGCCACCGCUGUGACGUCACCGACAGGCCCGCGCUGCAAUCAGCUGGUCGCGACGGCAUGGAGGUCGAGUUGUUGGCGGUGUUGCCAAAUGCCUUGGAGCUUUUUACACGGUAGCGUUGAAGAAGACAAUGCGACUACUGGAGUUGAGCUAAAUCAAUAUGAAUAAUUAUUUUUUCAUCCUCUAGCCCAGAUUGUUCAUUAUUUCCGCAGUUUUGAAAGCUAUUUUAUAUUUGAGAAUGGGUUGUAUUAUGACUAAAUUUAUAUUUAGAAGUAUAAAGCAUUACCUAUUGUCAUCAAUUCUGGAAAAUUAGCUAAUGUAUUAUUAACAUUAUUAUGACCUUCCACGACCUUGUUCAUUCAAUUGAGACAGUAUGUCGCCCAGUCCUCACGACUUGUCAAAUAUAACUAUUAUAAUUAUUACACAUUAUGUAAUUAAAGCAACUCAGGGUAACAUGGAAAUUGUAUGUGAUUUGUAUUAAGAACUGAUGCCUAGAAUCUGUACUUCGUAGUCACAUUUUUCUUUGAGGUAUUGACCGAGAAUCCACUGUUUCUGAAAAUUUUCCUUCAUUUGUUAUUUUGUUGGAGGAUACAUUUAUUAAACAUAUUGGGGAUUCCUGUUUGAUUAUUUAGUAAACGUUAAGCAUGGCUAGAGACUAUCAUACAUAUUUUUCCAUUUUUGGUUAAAUUUGUUUUUUCAUGUUUCAUCACAACUCAGAAUUUUACUGUCUGCAACCUUUGAGAAACAGGUGGAUGCCGAUUGAAACACCUAUAGAAAUAGUCAAAAUAAAGCUCAAGUGAAUAUGUACGCUGUAUUUUGGGUUCUUAAAUUUAAAUAAUGCAAAUGUGGAUUUGGUGUAAAAUUCCUUGAUAGAGGUACUACGUAAAAUAAGUGAAACGCAAUAUAGCGUCAAGGUUUUAUUCAGGGUGUUCGAAAAAUAGACGGAGAUAUUUUAAAGGAUGAUUCCUUGUUAAAAACAACGAAAAGUUUCUAUAAACGUGGAUCCGGAAAUGCAGAGUUUUCAAGAUACAAGCUGAUAUUUUUUCUUUUUUUUAUUAUCUUAAUAAAUAUAUAUUUACUCGGUUCUGUUGUCAAUAUUAUUUGUUGUAUUAAAAGGCUAAUUUAGCUCUAGAUAGAUUGAAAUUAUUAGGUCCAGUGGCGUCCUGGGGGUACCUUAGCGAAUAUUAUUGACAAAAAAUGUAGGCACUGCAUUUUUUGUAACUUUAAUAUUUUUUGUUUGAGUAAGCAUCUAGAAUUUACUUCUUCGCCUCU